AUGAGCAUCAAUUUUCCGAAAACCGAGGAGGAGGUGAUCCAGCUCUGGCGCGACAUUGAUGCCUUUCAGACGCAAGUGCGCCUGAACGAGGGCAACGAGCCGUUCAUCUUCUAUGAUGGUCCGCCGUUUGCUACCGGUCUCCCCCAUUAUGGCCAUCUCUUGACCUCUACGAUCAAGGACAUCAUCCCGCGGUACUGGGCUAUGAAGGGCUACCACGUGCCGCGCCGAUUCGGCUGGGACACGCACGGUGUGCCCAUCGAGUACGAAAUCGACAAGAAGCUGGGCAUUUCGGGCCGUGAUGCUGUGAUGCAGAUGGGCAUUGAAAAGUACAACGCCGAGUGUCGGGCCAUUGUCAUGCGCUACUCUGCUGAGUGGAGGUCGACCAUUGAGCGUCUGGGCCGUUGGAUCGACUUUGACAACGACUACAAGACGAUGGAUGUCAAGUUCAUGGAGACGUGCUGGUGGGUGUUCAAGCAGCUCUUCGACCAGGGCUCUGUCUACCGCGCCUACCAGAUCAUGCCCUUCUCGACCGCCCUGUGCACGCCGCUCAGCCACAUGGAGUCCAAGCAGAACGAGAAGCUCACACAGGACCCAGCCAUCGUGGUCGCCUUUCCGGUCGUCGGCGUCGAGGGCUACGAGAACACGGACCUGCUCAUCUACACCACCACGCCGUGGACCCUGCCGUCGAACCUGCUCAUCGCCGCCCACAACGACUUCGAGUACCUGGUCAUCCUCAACGAGGCUACCGGCCGGCAGCAGAUUAUGCAGGAGUCCGGUCUCGCGCUUCUCUUCAAGAACCCUAAGAAGGCGAAGUACAAUGUCGUCAAGAAGAUCCGCGGAAAGGAGCUAAUCGGAUGGAAGUACGAGCCCAUAUUCAAGUACUUUGCCGACGAGUACUCGGACUGCUUCCAGGUCAUCGCGGCCGACUACGUCGAGGAGGGCGAGGGCACGGGUCUGGUCCACCAGGCCCCAGCGUUUGGUCAGGAGGAUUACGACGCGGCCGUGGCUGCGGGCUUCAUCACGCCCAAGCGCUUGCCGCCAUGCCCGGUGGAUGACAAGGGUUGCUUCACCGCCGAGAUCCCCGAGUAUGUGGGCCAGCAUGUUAAGGUGGCCGAUAAGGCCAUCCUGAAGGACCUACGGCCAACAGGCCGUCUGUUGGUCGAGAGCCAAAUCAUGCACACAGACAAGUUCUGCUGGCGAUCAGACACACAGCUGAUCCGCAAGGCCGUGUCGUCGUGGUUCAUCCAGGUCAAGGACGCGAUUCCGGAGAUGCUGGAGAACCUAGAAAAGACCAACUGGGUGCCGGCUUCGGUCAAGGAGAAGCGGUUUGCCAACUGGGUCGGCAGUGCGCACGACUGGAAUGUGUCCCGGAAUCGGUACUGGGGAACUCCGAUCCCGCUGUGGGUCAGCGAUGACUUUGAGGAGGUUGUCUGUGUCGGCAGCAGGGCCGAGCUGAAGGAGCUGAGCGGCUACGACGGCGAGCUCAACGACAUCCACCGAGACAAGGUGGACGGAAUCACGAUACCGUCCAAGACGGGCAAGGGCAUGCUGCAUCGCAUCGACGAGAUCUUCGACUGCUGGUUCGAGUCCGGCUCCAUGCCGUACGCCAGCAACCACUUUCCGUUUGGCGAGGAGACACGCCGGGCCGACGAUGCCAGCAAGCCGGCGCGCUUCCCUGCCGAUUUCAUCGCAGAAGGGCUGGACCAGACCCGCGGCUGGUUCUACACGUUGACGGUGCUCGGAAACAAGCUGUUCCACACGUCGCCCUUCCGCAACGUGAUCGUCAACGGCAUUGUGCUGGCGGAGGACGGCAAGAAGAUGUCCAAGCGUCUCAAGAACUACGCAGACCCGGUGCUCGUGCUCCAGCAGUAUGGCGCCGACGCGCUCCGGCUGUACAUGAUCAACUCUCCCGUUGUCCGCGGCGAGUCGCUGCGGUUCAAGGAGUCGGGCGUGAAGGAGAUGGUGUCGCGGGUGCUGCUGGCGCUCUGGAACAGCUACCGCUUCUUCUCGGAGCAGGCGCUCCUGUACCAGAAGACGGCCGGCAAGCCGUUUGUGGCCGACCUGUCUGUGAUCAGCGAUGCCAAGCGGCUGAACAACGUGAUGGACCGGUGGAUUCUUGCCGAGGUCCAGAGCUUGUUGAAGUUUGUGGAGCAGGAGAUGCUUGCCUACAGGCUAUACACAGUGGUGCCGCGACUGCUGGGGUCGAUCGAGCAGCUUACCAAUUGGUACAUCCGGUUCAACCGGCGGAGACUCAAGGGUAGCGCCGGGCUGGGCGUCGACGACACGACGGCAGCGAUGAACACGCUGUUCCAGGUUCUGUUUACGCUGACGCGCGCGCUGGCACCGUUCAUUCCCUUUAUCACCGAGCACAUCUACGGGCUGCUGAGGCCAUAUCUGAGCAAGGAGGCGCUGAGCGAGUUCAAGGACGACCGUAGCGUGCACUUUUUGCCGUUCCCGACGGUGCAAGAGGCGCUGUUCGACGAGGUGAUCGAGCGCAAGGUGGCAGCGAUGCAGAAGGUGAUUCAGCUGGCGCGGACGGCUCGCGAGCGAGUCAACGCAUCGCUCAAGAUGCCGUUGUUGUCGGUGGUGGUGAUUGCGGAUCAAAACAUCCUGGACGACGUGGAUUCACUCAGCUCGUACGUCCGGGAGGAGCUGAACGUGCGCGACGUGGUCCUGUCGCAGGACGAAGAGAAGUACGGCAUCCAGCUGGAGGCGCGGGUGGACUGGCCGACGCUGGGCAAGAAGCUCAAAAAGGACGUGCAGAUGGUCAAGAAGGCACUUCCAGGGCUCACACAGGCAGAGCUGCGCCGGUUCCUGGUCGAGAAGAAGGUGCAGGUGGGCCACAUUGAGCUGGGCGAGACGGACAUUUCGAUUGUGCGGGUGCUAAGCGACGCGGCCAAGGCCGGAUCAGCCAAGAAGGAAGCCGAGACCGAGGCUGGCAAGGCGGCCGGUCCCAGCUGGGAACCUGGCUUUGCGGACGACAUGAUUGUGCUACUAGACACGACGCCACACCCAGAGCUGGCCGAGGAGGGACUGGCGCGCGAGAUCAUCAACCGGGUGCAGCGGUUGCGCAAGAAGGCUGGGCUGGUGCCGGCGGACGACGUGCAGAUGCACUACCAGGUGCUGGCAAACCCGGAGAACGUGGACCUGGCCGCCGUUGUGGGAUCGCACGAGACCAUCUUCCGGACAGCUCUGCGCGGCACAUUGCAGCCGGCAUCCGGUGAGGCUGCCAACAAGGAAUCCCUGAUUGUCGAGGAGGAGCAGGCCGUCGGCGACUUGUCGUUUGUGCUGCGGCUGCUGCGCAUCUAG